AUGACCAAUAUCACUUCGAGAUUUUUUUGUUUGUUGAUACUUCUUUUGUUUUGCCUCUCCUUUGGAUAUUCUCUUCAUGGAAAUAAGGAUGAAGUGUCAAGAGUUGACGACGUUUCAAAUGCAAAGGUUAUGAAGCAUCUUGAUGAUGAUGGUGAUGCAACGAAGAAGGUGCAAAUACGAGGAAGAAGUGGAGACGAGUUUCGUAAGGAAACAACAAGGAUGACGAUGAAGAAGCCAACAAAGAAAGAGACAACUGUUGAGGAAGAAGAUGAUCUCGUUGCGUACACUGCUGAUUACUGGAAACCAAGACACCAUCCUCCCAAGAACAACUGA